ACCCCCUCCCCGUAAAUGGAGAUUUGAGAGAAUGGAAUUGGGUCAGCCUCUCUCUCGUCCUGGGUUCUCCCCUCCCCGCCAGCCAUGGCCGAGGAAUUCACUCUCUUCCCUCAACUCCCUCCCGAACUCCGCCGCUUGAUCUGGAAAGCAUGUCUCCCCAAAACCCGCAUCUUCGAUCUCAUGCUCCCCUGCUUCGUCUACGACGAUUCCCACUGUCGCGGGUCCGGCUGGGCAUCCCGCGAAACCUGGAGACCGCCCGUGAUCACCCGGGUAUGUUGGGAAUCCCGAGCCGUCGCCCAUGAAACGGGCCGGGUGCUGUUUCAAGAGGACGAUUCCCAUGUCCCGAAUUACAUUAAGAGUAUAUGGUCGGACGCGACGACGGACAUCGUGGCGCAGUAUUGGGCCCCGGGCCUCGAGGGAGUCGUAUUUUGGCCACUGGACAAUCCGGAUCCGUACUUUUUCCAUUUCGCGGAUCAAUAUUCGGGGGCGAUGAUUGCCGAGACGAGGUUGAGGGGUGCGUUGAGUUUGAGGACCGAGACAUUUGACUGGGUGAAUUUGCGCCAACUCAAAGAGUGGUUGGUUUGUUUGGAGAUGUCGGUGAUCAUCCAUCUUUCGCGGAAGGAGUUGCUUCUGUCCGGCUUGUUCGGGCACUUGGGAGAGGAGUAUAUCCAACUGGUCGAUCCGACGGAUACGCAGACGUUGAAGAAAUUCCAUCAUCUGGCAUUGACGUCGAGUCAACAAUUACCCGAAACGAUCCAACUCUUUGAUGAGCUUUUCACUCCGAAAUUCCAGUACAAGAUUCGCAAUUGGACGCGCGAUACGAUGACUCGAUGGCUGUAUCAGGCUUGGGUGCACGCUGACCGCGCGGAGUAUGCGAGUAUCGAACACCCCGAGCAAGUCUGGCUCGGACCGAGUACGCCGGGGAUGGAUGGGAAGCCGUUCAACCCGCUCACCCCGGAGUCGUACAGAUAUGACAUGUAUUUUGGCAUGUCGGAUCAAGUGCACUUUGCGUAUAAUGAGAAACAUCCCUGGGUGAAGGAGAAGCUUGCGCAGGCACCGAGAUUUUAUCCUCGGAUUAUGAUCCGUCCGUGUAUAAAGAGAUGCUGGCUUCCUCGGACUCCGCCUCGACGCGGGAGCCCGAGAGGGCAUUACCGAGCGGGGAGCAGGUGAAAGCGGACUCGGUGGUCCUUCAAUGCCAUUUUCUACUAAGGAUAAAGCUGGUUCCAAACGACAUGGAUUGAGAAUAAUGCCAUGCUGUUUGAUUGGGGGUAUGUCUGCAAAGAGCCGACAAGUGGUUGAUUGGGCAUCCAUCAUGGCAGUGCCAGACCAGACUAUGCUAUUUGCGUCCGGGCCAUGAUGGAUAAUUAGCUGGUGCACACCAAUGAAUCCAUAUGGCAGGAGCGAGAUGUAUGCAUGCAGUGGGUUAAAGACCCUUACUUCUUGCUCUUUCCUCCGCUUUCCAGUUCCUCUGCUUCAUUCUACUCCUCCAUUACAUCUGAACACUCAAACGAUACCUCUGCUUCUUCCAUUUCCAUCACUAACUCCGCCUUCCGCUUCCCGCCAGGUGAUGCUAUCAAUAUUACGAAUCUAACGCCCUUGAGAAAUCCUCUAACAUAAUCACUCAAAUU